UACGCCAUUUUGCGACAUUUUGCAGCCACAAUCAGCCGUCGAUUACAUUCGUUUAGGCUAAAAUUUAUUCAAUUACUCAAUUUAUUGUUUUAUUUAACAAUUUUUCUUUUUUGUCAAGUGAAUUAAAUAACAAUUUUGAUGCAUCCGGCAAAAGUUUUGAGAUAUAAUUGAAAAUUUUGGAUUUAGAACAUGAGACUGCCAAGGCGUGGAAUUUAUAAAUAAGAAGAAUGUCGGUCCAUUAUAAAUUUAAAUCCACAUUGGAUUACGACACAGUAUCUUUCGAUGGCUUACAUAUUUCCGUAGGAGAUUUGAAAAAGGCUAUUUUUCAUCAAAAACGUAUCGGUAAAAAUACCGAUUUUGAUCUACAAAUAACUAAUGCUCAAACAAAAGAAGAUUACAAUGACGAUAAUGCAUUAAUUGCAAAAAAUACAAGUCUCAUUGUUGCACGUGUACCAUUAACGGUACAACAGAAAAAAUCAUGGGAUCGUAAUGAAGCGGUGCCAUUUGGCAAUUCCAAAGAAGAAGCAGCAAUAGGACGUGGUGUAGAUUUAACGCGACUCGAUGGCUCCGAAGAAGAUAAAAUUCGCGCUAUGAUGACGCAAUCUACUCAAGACUACGAUCCAUCAAAUUACAUGAAAAUACGUGGAGCGAAUCAAACUGGAGAAGUUCCGACGAAUUAUAGAUGUUUUAGAUGUCAUCAACCGGGACAUUGGAUUAAAAAUUGUCCUCUAGGUUCAAAUCAAGAGCCUAUUGAAAUUAAAAAAAGUACCGGUAUUCCUAGGAGUUUUAUGGUACCUGUUGAUGGUCCAUCGGUUCCUGGUGCAAUGAUGACUCCCACUGGACAUUAUGCUGUUCCCGUUAUUGAUCAUCAGGCAUAUAAGGAAGGAAAAAAGGAACGUCCGCCAUUUUCUCAGGAUCCUGAUCCCGUUGUUGAAAAACCAGAAAUUCCUGACGAUCUACUUUGCAAUAUAUGUAAAGAUCUUAUGACAGACGCCGUUAUGAUACCUUGCUGUGGAAAUUCAUUUUGUGACGAAUGUAUAAGAACAUUUCUCCUCGAGUCUGAGGAUCAUGAAUGUCCUGAUUGUGCCGAUAAGGAUAAUUCACCGGAAACAUUGAUUCCCAAUCGUUUUCUUCGAAAUGCGGUGUUAAAUUUUAAAAAUGAAACUGGUUACGCCAAGAGGCCAAUAUUUAGACCACCAAAGAUUCAAUCUGAAAUUACUGCAGAGCCAACAAAAUUGGAAACUGCAGCAAGUCAAGAAAAAAUUGUACCUAGUCAAACGGAUGCGCCAAUAUUGUCUCAGGAAUCUGUGGAAAAAUCACCAACUGAAAUUGAAGCAUCACCGAAACCAGUAGUGAAACCAGCACUUUCGACUAUGAUUGCAGAAUCUGCAUCAGCUACUUCUGCCUCUGCUACUGCUGCUGCUACUACUACUACUACUACUACUGUAACAACUCCUGCACCAGCCGCGGCUCCUGAACCUGAAAUUCCAACUGAUUCAACAAAAUUACACGCCGAUGAUGAAUCGGAAGUACCACCUCCACCGGGAACCGAGCCCUUACUCCCCAUACCUUCCGGACCUGAUACAUUAGAGCAUGAUAAAAAAGAAAUCGAAGAAGAUUAUCCCAGAGAAAGACAUCAUCGCGAAAGACGCGCUUACAAUCGAGAUGCUCAUCGCGAAAGACAAUCGCAUCAUGGUGAUUAUCAAAAUGUUGGAUCUGCAACACACAUGAUGCCUCAACAACAUUCAAAAUCGUAUUCGAAUCAUCCAGGUUCCGAUGGACAUUAUCAGCAUCAUAUGCAUUAUGAUUCGGGAAUUAGACGAUCAACUGAGGAUAGAGCUGGUACGCCAACUGUUGAUGAACCACAUUUACAUCAACCACCGGCAACAAAUCAACAGCCAUUAUUGCCAUUUCCACCUGGCGAUGAAAGAGUACCAACAACUGGUUAUAAUCCACCACCUUCUAAUAUGGUUCAACAUAAUCCGCCUUUAUUACCGGAUCCUUACAUGGGUCAUCGUGUUCCCAUGUAUCCACCACAUCAGCAACAGGGACCUCAAUAUCCGCCUCCGCAGCGUUAUGAGAGGCCUCCUUAUUCACAAUAUGGAGGUGCACGUUCCGCGCCAAUUCCUCGUGGUUACACUGGACCACCGCGACCCGCAAGAGGAAUGAUGAAUCCCGGUUAUCGAGGUAUUCAGCCACCGCCUCCAGGACUUGGACGAAAUAUACAUAAUGGUGGACAAGGUGUAAUUGAUGAUCCUUUGGAGGCUUUCGAACGUAUGUUGCGAGAGAAAGAUGAAAGAGAUCGAAGAAUGGGAAAGCAUCGUAGACGUACUAGAAGUCGAUCUAGAUCGCGAAGUUACACUAGAUCUAGAUCACGAUCAUUUGGUCGUAGAUCACCAACACGAAUGAGUCGAUCAAGAUCCCCACCGUCAAAGAGACGAUCGUCAAGAUCACCACCACCUCUUAGACGUAGUCGAACGCCUAUUAAACGAAGAUCACGAAGUGGAAGCUUUUCCAUGAGCAGAUCGAGAUCAUUUUCUCGUAGCCAAUCACCAAGAGGUUCUAUUCCUCGCGAUAGAGAAAGAGAUCGUGAUCGCGAUGGACCUCCUAGAUAUAGAUCUCCCGCUAGAUCGCCUCCAAGAUUUCAUAGAGAUCGAGAGCGUGAUCGUCCAAAGUCGCGUGACACACGAGAACCAUUUAAUACAUAUUAUAAUGAUCCACCAAAUCAGGAGUAUUCAUUCAGAGAUCGUGAUAGAGAUUUACCACCUCGUGAUAGACCAUUAUCACACAGAUAUCCACCCAGAAAUCAAGUACAACAUAAUGCACCAUCAAUGAUGCCUCCAAUUGCUGCUGGAGGUCAUCCACCAAUAAUGCCGAUGGGACACCCACCACCGGACAGGAAAGACUAUUAUGAUUCCUACAACAGAUAUCCUGCUGGACCAUCACCUGCAAGAUAUAAUAAUAGUCCUCAUAGAGAACAUACUCACAAGCGAUUUGAUGAUGUCGCACCGCCAGGAACAGAAGGAUAUUAUGAUUUGCCACCUCCAGGUGUUGAUCAUUUAGAAAGGCCCACUGAUAGACUACCAAGAGAACCAGCAUCCAAAAAUCAGGAGCUCGAGGAUCGUGAAAGAGGACCUCCACGAGAUGACAGGGUAAGAGAUCGUGAAGAUAGACUUCGAGAAAGAGAUGAUCGUGAUAGACCUGCGCCUAUAAUAAAGGAACGUGAUGAUAGAAAUCGAGAAAAAGAUGAUCGAGAUCGAAGGGAUAAAGAUCGAGAUGAGAAAAUGGUUAGAAGAGAUGAUGAUAGACAAUUUGAAAAGAGGGAUUAUGAAAAAGAACGCUUUAGAGAUGAAAGAGAUCGACAUAGAAUGGAAGAUAAGGGACGAAUGCGUGAUAGAGAUCGCGACAGAAGAGAAAGAGAUUACGAAAGAGAAAAGGAUCGUGAACGACAUGAGCGUUAUGAAAAAUCAUUUGUCGACAGAAAAAAGAAACGCACUCCAAGUCCUUAUAUUUCAAAAUCUCGAUCCGAUUUAAAGGACGUAUCACCUGAACGUUCACGAAAGAAGGAUCGUGAUCAUGAGGAAAAACCCGAGGAGAAAAAGAAAGAAAAAAAAAUAAAGGACAAGAAAAAGAAGAAGGACAGCGAGGAGAAAGAGAAGAAGAAAAAGAAGAAAAAGGAAAAGAAAUUAAUUCAAAAGGAAGCACUCAAAGAAGAACAAGCGAAAGCAUCUGAAGCAACAGCAAAUGAAAUUAUUAAAACAGAAGAGGAAAAAGCCGCUGAAGCGUCUGCACUUUUAAAAGUUGAAAAUAUUAAACCCGAAGAAUCACAAGAAAUACCAAUUACCAAUGAAUCCAGUGUACCUUCAACUGAAGAAUUUGAUGAGAAAUCACUUGCAAUUAAUCCUGAACCACCAGAAACUGAGAUAAUAAUUACAUCGCCAAAAGUCGAAGAAUCCGAACCAGGUUCAAAUCCACCGAAUCCAAAUUUCAAACCAAUACCCGAAUUAAAAGCAGAAAUUAAAAACGAAAUAAAAGCAAUCGAUAGUUUAUACAGUGGAUUAGACGAUACAGAAAUAAAUACCGUUAUAACAGAAAAAUAUACAAUUCUCCCAGAAAAUGAAACUGAAAUUGAAACAGAAGAACAACAACCCACCGAAAUAGUAAAAUCACCAAAGAAAGAUGAAUUUUUAGCACCAGUACCAGAAAUUUCCAAAUGGGAACGUGACGAAACUAAUGAAAAAACAGAAGUCACACUCGAUACAGAUGAUAAUAAACGUGAAUCCGAUGAAAUAAAGGACAAUAAAGUUGUCACAUCAGAAGUACUAAAAAGAGCUGAGAAUGCAAUUUUCCAAAAGGCAAUAAAUGCCAUAAGGCCAAUUGAAAUAAAAAAAAUAAGUGAAAGCCGAAAAAUUCUCUAUCAAAAUCCAGAACCAAAAAUUCUCGAAGUUGAACCACCACGUGAACAACAACAGCAACAACAACAACAACAACAGCAACGUAAAAAUGUCAACGUGACAAUAAAUGUUGGGAAAAAUGAGAGAAAUGUCGAAAUAAGUGAACCGACAAAAAAAGCAAAAUUAGAUCGUUCUAAAUUCAAACCAGUUUUGGAAACACAUUCACCAACAAGACUAUCGGCAAAAGAAAGACUCGGUGAUAAAGUUGAAGACGACAAGGAACGUAAACCAAGUCCAAAAAUUCUUUUAAGAGAAACAAAAAUUGAAACCCGACAAAGAAGUCGUUCACCUCGAUUAAUACGCGAACGACGUUUAUCGCCAUGUCUCGAUGAUAAAAGAGAAUCAUUACCAUUAAAUCCCGAACGAAAAGUCUUUUUAGAAGAAAGAAAACGCAUUGAUAGGCCAAAAGAACGAAAUAAUCGUUCAGAUAUGCGACCCGAUUUAAGAACAGAUUUACGAGCUUCUAAAAUUGAACGCGAAAGAGAACGUGAUCGAACACCACCGAUAAUGUUCCGUAAAAUUGACAUUCCCAAACCAAUUCGAAAAGAUGAGGAAAUUGAUAAAGAAAAAGAGAAGCGAAAAGAAAAGAAACGCGAGGAAAAGAAACGUAAAAAAGAACAUCGAAGUAGAAGUAAAUCAAAAGAUCGUAAAAAGAAAAAAGAAAAGAAACACAAAAAAGAUAAGGAGAAACAUUUGGAUAAAAAGCAAAAGCACAAGGAAAAAAUGGCUUCUAUUGAAAAAAUCGAAAUUAAUGAACAAGUACCAGGAAAUUCUGAAAUACCAUCAAUUACAAUAACUGAAGAUUCAAAAAAACAACGUAAAAAUCCACGACUUGUUUCCGAUCGUAAACGAAGUGUUCUCGAUGAAGCAAAUUUUGAACCCGAUUAUUCUGCAUCUGAAUCGGAAUCUGAAACUGAAGAGAAAACAAUUCCUGUUAAAAAAGUAAAACUUGAUGAAUCACAAAUUAUUGUAAAAGAAACUGACAAGAAGAAACGAAUAAAAUCAAUAAGUUCUGACGAUGAAUCAAGUAGUACAGAAACAACAUCAACAGACAGUGAAAGUUCCGAUGAAUCACACAAGAAACGAAAGAAAAAACACAAGAAGCAUAAGAAAAAGAAAUCAAUCAAAAAAGAAACAAGUUCAGAUUCAGAUAGUUAUUCAGAUUCAUCUGAUUCAAGUACAGAAGAAGAACGACAUCGAAAAAAAUCGAAGAAAUAUAAAAAAAGCAAACAAAAAAAGAAAAAGAAGUCAAAACACAAAUGACGUCACUAAAAACAACCGGAGCAAGAGAAUUUUUGAAAAAAUGUAAAAAUUCUCAUAAAACUUUCAAACGCUUCGUGUUAGAUUCUUUGAUUAAUUUCAAUAUUGGUUAAUAACGUAUUAAAUAUAUUUAUUAAGUUCCAAGAUUGUCAAGAAUCUUAAAAAAAAUAAACUUGAGAAAUUCGUUUGAUUUAGAAAUGAAAAAAAAAAAAAAAACAUUAAUACACCACGUUAUAUACUUUAAAGAUAUGAUUAUUUAAAAAAAAAAUUGUACAGAACAAUAAUGUGUUACAAGGUAAAAGUGAUAAAAUGCUUCUAUCACAUUUAAUUAUAAUAACCAUGAAAUGCGAUGAAAAACAUGGAAGUCAACGUUAAUGUUGUAUUGUACUUUUCACAAUAUGUCUAAAAAAAAAUAAAAUAAUGUAGAAAUACAAUAAAAUAUAUAAGAAUUCGUAAA